AAUUACUAACACGUAUUGUCAAGCUAGAGAAAAGAAAGAAUGGCGGAUGAAAACGAAGAUCAGUGGUUGUACGGGGAUUCGACCGACGGGAAAGAAUAUACGCCGACAUCCGUCGAGCCGGAAAGUCAGGAGAAUGAUUCAGCCCCCGCUACGGUUCAAGAGAAAUCACAAAUUUCGGAUGAUCAAAAAGCGGAAAGCAUCCCCGAUACAACAGCGGAGGCAACGGAAGAGACCGAACCGCCGGAAGAGGAGUCCUCGUCGAUCAACAAUACUCAAAACGAAAGUAAUACAGAGAUAAACAAAAACGGAGUGAGGGAAUCUUCGAGUCAGGAAGAUGGUGAAGCACCCAGUGACACGGACUCCGAUGACGACGUCCAUGUCGUCAUCGGUGACAUUAAAUCGACCCCCGCGUACGGCAGCCUCAACAUUAAAAGGGGGGGAUUGCUUACAAACGCGUCCGGGGUGCCGGACAAAUUGAACAAACAGCCAGGAAAAUUUAGUAUAGACGAAUUUGAAACUAUAGGGGUUAUCAAUGGUAUGCCUGCUCAUGAAUUCAAUUUAGAUCAAUUGGAAGAUAAACCAUGGAGGCAACCCGGUGCAGACAUCACCGAUUACUUUAAUUAUGGUUUUAACGAGGAAACAUGGAGAGCGUAUUGCGAAAGGCAGAAGAGAAUGAGAAGCGAGUCCGGCGUUGGUCUGAUAUUGAAUGCUGGAGGUGGCGGUGGUAAUGCAGGCAGUAUGCGCGUACCUCAAGUGGCGAUUACGAACGAUAACAGUAAAUAUUCUGGUAUAAUGGGACCUAAAAGAGCUGGACCGCCUCCGGGAAGAAAAAUGGCGGGAACGAUAGAUGUAAUUGGUAGUUCUGGUUUAGCUUCUAGAAGGAAUCUUGAUAAAUCCCCGCCGAAAGGAAACGUGAUACAAGUGAUGACCGCGGACAGAAGGGAGUAUUCUAGAAAACCAGGUUUCCCUGACAUGAGCGUGCCGCCACCAGGCGCGGGGAUGCCCCCCGCGUUCGACAUGCCCCCGCCCGGGUACCCUGGCGAACCAGCUCCGUUUUACAUGCCAGAAACAGACCCGUACUAUCAGAGCUACGAGCCCACGCAGGACAAUCAGUGGGGCAAUGAUCCGACGUGGCAACCGACGAAUUUAGCUAUUCCAAUGACAGAGGGAGAGGACGACAAGGACACUGGCCCCAAAACGAUACCGACCAUGGUACCGCCUACGAAUAUACCCCCGCUACUACCGCCCAGAGACUCUAGAGACCGCGAGAGAGACCGGGACAGGGAAAGAGAUCGCGACAGAGAAUUAGACUCGAUGGGAAGAGACAGAGAACGAGACAAAGACAGAGAACGCGAUCGCGAAAGAGAAAAGGAUUCCAUGGUCAGGGAACGGGACAGAGAAAGGGACUCGAUGUCGAGGGAGGAGGAGAGGGACCGCGACAGGUCCCGUUCCCAAUAUCGACACAAAGAGCGGCACAGACAUCGAUCGAGAUCGCGAUCACGCAGACACAAAUCUAGAUCCAGAAGUCCGAGUCGACGCAAGAAGAAAUCCAGACGCUCCGAGAGGGAACGUUCUAAAGAAGAGAGCGAAUAAAACUAAACAAAUGGAAAAAAGAAAAAUGUUACUUAAGACUUAUCCGCGGCCACAUUGGCGCGCCGGAAUCUUUUAACGAUGUAACACUCUCGCGCGUUACGGUACACGCGGCAAACGGGAUUGCUCGGCGUUUAUGGCAGAUUGUUGUUCCGAUAUUUUCCGAUGUUCUCGUUUGCGUAAAGAAUACGCGAUUUCUAG